UUAAAAACAUAUUUUUUAGGAUUUACUUGUAAGUAAUUAGUCCAAAUUCUCCAAAUGGAUCCUAGUAACUAUGUAAACGCUAGCAAUAUUUCCGAUAUAAGUCAUGAACUGGAGGCGCUGGGACCUGAUUUACAAAUAUUUCUCAUCACUCUGUAUUCCAUAACGGCAGUGCUGGCUUUAGGGGGAAAUGUAACUGUUAUUGUCGUUUUAACAUUUGGAAAGAAAUCUUCUCGUGAUCUGCGGGCCUUUCUCAUCAACUUAGCUGCUUCUGACAUCACCAUGGCGACCUUUUCAAUCCCUUUCACUUACACAGACUUCAUGUUAGGGCGUUGGAUCUUCGAGCCAUUUUUCUGUCCUGUUGUGUUGUUCAUGCAACAUUGUUCAGUCAUCGUUAGCGUCUACACGCUAACAAUAAUUGGCUUAGACAGGUAUUACGCGAUCAUGUAUCCUCUUGGCUUUCAAUGGACUAAGACCAGAGGCCGGAUUAUUAUCGCCAUCAUAUGGAUUGUAGCUUCUGGAGUGUCUAGUGUCCAGUUGAUCCAUGGACGAGCUGAAGUUUUUUACAUACAGAAUGAGAUAUUCUACGACUGUAAUGAAGUUAUGGAUGAAUUUGGCAGCAAGGUCUACACACUCGUCGUGUUCGCUGUAACAUUUCUCAUCCCAUUGUUGGUUUUAACCUACACGUAUGUUACGAUUGGCUUGAAGAUGUGGAAGCAUAGUGCACCAGGUAAUGCUCAUGAUGAUCGGGAUAAACAACAGCUUCAAUCGAAGACCAAGGUUAUCAAGAUGCUGGCUGUUGUGGUUCUGCUUUUUGCUGUGUGUUGGCUCCCAAUUCACACCUUCAACAUGUUGAUAUACUUCAAAAAAAGCUUUAUAAUUGUUCAGAGCCGAAAAGAAUACAUUAUUUUUGUCUCCGCCUUUUUCUGCUGUCAUUGGCUCUCCAUGGCUAACAGUUUCGUCAACCCUUUUAUUUACUGCUUCAUGAGCGAGAACUUCAGGUGUUGGUUGAGCAGAAGAAAAGUACACUACGGUAUUGCAUCUCUGUACUUCACUAGAGGACUCUGUAGAAACUAGAUGAACGUCAACAUUUGAUUAAAUGUUAUUUACAUAACAAGCUAAUGAAAAAAGAAAAAUGCUGGAAAUGUUGCGCUAAAAGGCUGAUCUGAGGCAGAUGUGUUAUCCUCGGAGAGCGAAACGAAGGACGAGGUUAACUACUCCGAUGGUUCGUAGUCGCUAUUCCAGUUCUAUCCGCACUUCGACUGACAACAUUGUAACAACUAAGCAGUGUAACAAGACGAGUGGCCAACCUCCACAAAUUGGAAUGAAAUCAUUUACUAACAUUUUGUCUGAACCAUAGAAUUUUCUCCUGAAAGACGCCGUAUGGACAUGAAAAUUUUUACUUAAUGCUAUUACCAAUGGAGAGCAGUGUUUUAAAUGUACGUUGUUUUCAACGCAUCUCUUGUUUUUGUCAGUGUUUUCCAAACUAUGGCGCGCGUACUGGUGGAUGGGAGGAGGACGGCCUUUUGGCGGGAGAGCCCAUAAGUAACGAAGGAAGAAACAAAAGAGUUGGAGACGAUGAUAACCUAACAAAACUAUCACUUUACUCUCAAAGCUUUAUUUUUCUGCCCUCGCAUUUACUCAUUUCUUAAGAGUAUUCUUAAUUAAAAAAAUUAUUAAAUACAGGUAAAGAAAAUGUUGAUUUUGCUGUUAUUACUUACGAAAGUUAUUUUAAUGUGAAGGGGGCGCAACCUAAACUUUGUUGCG